AUGGAAUUAAGGAAGCCUGAAAGCUUUGACAUAUUCUUCUAUUCCAGAUUUCCAGUCCAGAUUUCCAGACUAGGAAAAGAGCACAUUACCUGGGCCAAUAAUCCAUGUGUCACUAAUCAAAUUAUGACACCCUGCGACGUGUUCAUAAAUCACCGUGGGAUCGACACGAAGAGAACCCUGGCGGGGCUGCUGAACUACCACCUGUCGAGCAGGCUCAACCUGCGUCCUUUUUUGGACAGUAAGAACAUGAAGCCCGGGGACAGGUUGUUUGACAAGAUCGACGCCGCAAUCCGGAAAUGCAAGAUUGGAAUUGCUGUGUUUUCGCCGCAGUACUGCAAUUCUUAUUUCUGUCUCCACGAACUCGCUCUCCUAAUGGAAUCUAAAAAGAGGGUUAUACCGGUUUUCUGCAACGUGAAGCCAUCUCAGCUUAGGGUUAAGGACAAUGGAGUUUGCCCCCAGUACGAGAUUGAGAGGUUUAGUUGGGCACUUGAAGAAGCCAAAUACACAGUCGGACUUACCUUCGACUCCUCUAAAGCAGAUUGGUCGGAGUUUCUAAGAGAUGCUUCCGAUGCAGUGAUGCAGAACUUGCUGGAGGUAGAAGGAGAACACGAAUAUCAACAAGAGCAAUGCCAGUAG